AAAACCGGACCCGUUCCAGUGCCACCGUUAAACAACACAAGCACUGCCACAAAGGCCAUAAUCUGUGACACGUGCUGGAGGGACUUAGCGUAGGAAACAAAAGGGUUAACGCUCGGCUCUAUGACAUAAAAUUGUUUCAGAAGCCGUUCGGCUGUCAGGCCCUAAAGGUAAGAGAUUGAGCUUAACUAAAUCUACAUGAGGCGUCCGUGCAGAAUGGGGGCCUCGUGAUAUCAUAUCUAUAUAUCUAUUUAUAUCAACAAAGCAGUUGUUAACGUAAAGGCCUACAUACCCAUAUGUUUAUAUAGAUGCAUAUGUUUAUGUUUAUAUAGAUCCAUCUUUUAACUUAGUUGUUAAUGAUUAGCUACCGUUAAAUUGUGUUUCCAUUUUAUGAUUGAUGUUAAUUCAGAUUCUAUCUACUUUCAUAAAAUUCGGCUUUUAUUCAGGUUAAAAUUAAAAGACAAACUAUUUUAUCAUAAGUAAAAAAAUCCUUUUUUAAAAAAAAACAAAUGACGAAUUCUGAAUGUCCGAUAAUAUGGGACAAGCGAAGGCAGGCUUACAUCAAUGACACUGGUUCAAUGGGGUUUUCCUUCAUUAGCCGUUGAUAAUUUAAAAGUGUAUCUGAUUCAUCUCAGUGAUUCCCCAUUCUAUUCAAUUACAAACCGCUACCACGUUUUUCACACGCUGGCGUCAGAAUGGCAAGGAAACUUGUGAGUUGUGCCAAGGGUUCAGGCGAAUGGGCACAGUGUUUUAAUGUUGACACUUUUGAGUUGCGCCAAGGGUUCAGGCGAAUGGGCCUUUGUUAUAAUGCUGACACUUUUGAGUUGUGCCAAGGGUUCAGGCGAAUGGGCACAGUGUUUUAAUGUUGACACUUUUGAGUUGUGCCAAGGGUUCAGGCGAAUGGGCCCAGUGUUUUAAUGUUGAGACUUUUGAGUUGUGCCAAGGGUUCAGGCGAAUGUGCCCAGUGUUUUAAUGUUGACACUUUUGAGUUGUACCAAGGGUUCAGGCGAAUGGGGCCAUGUUAUAAUGUUGACACUUGUGAGUUGUGCCAAGGGUUCAGGCGAAUGGGCCCAGUGUUAUAAGGUUGACACUUUUGAGUUGUACCAAGGGUUCAGGUGAAUGGGCCCAGUGUUAUAAGGUUGACACUUUUGAGUUGUACCAAGGGUUCAGGCGAAUGGGCCCAUGUUAUAAUGUUUACAUCUUUGAGUUGUUUAUCUUGUUUCCCCUCUUCUUUUUCCCAGGAGAUGAAAGGGGCUCAAAAGAUUUGAUGACCACGAGAAGGCGCCAUUAAAAGGCGCUGCCCGUCAUACCCCUCUCAGUUAUAGUGAUCAAACAAAUACUAACAUGAUGGCGAGUCGGAUGAGUGAUCGCCCUUACACAGAGAAGACCUUCAAGGCACGCCUCUACAAGUUUGAACGUUUUAUCAAGUCAAUCACCCAGCAUGACGGCCUGACCACACCUGACGAGUCCAGGCAAUGGAUUACAGGUAAUGUUGAACGUGUUAUCCAGGCCAUCACCCAGCAUGACGCCCUGACCACGCCUGACGAGUCCAGGCAAUGGAUUACAGGUAAUGUUGAACGUGUUAUCCAGGCCAUCACCCAGCAUGACGGCCUGACCACACCUGACGAGUCCAGGCAAUGGAUUACAGGUAAUGUUGAACGUGUUAUCCAGGCCAUCACCCAACAUGACGGCCUGACCACACCUGACGAGUCCAGGCAAUGGAUUACAGGCAAUGUUGAACGUGUUAUCCAGGCCAUCACCCGGCAUGACGGCCUGACCACACCUGACGAGUCCAGGCAAUGGAUUGCAGGUCAUUUAGGAUGGUUUUUGUAACUAGCAAAGUGUAAAAAUAAUCUCAAACACCAAUGAUCCUCAAACACCAAUGAUCCCCCAACUGUUGGGUAAUAAGUUUUACAGCUCUAAGAGCGAAACGUGAAGAUCAGUAGGUAGGGAAGCAAACAGACAAGACAAGAUUGGGUCCGGGGGGGGGGGGGGGGGGGAGGGGGGGGGGGGGGACGGGGGAGAUCAACACGUGGAAAGAUUUUUAAAAAAAUUCACUUAAAAUAUAAUUUUUUCAUGCCAGGGGGGGGGGGGGGGGGGGGGGGGAGGGGGAGGGGGUGAGGGUUGACGUGGGAGAUCAACACGUUGAAAGAUUUUUAAAAAAAUUCACUUAAAAUAUAAUUUUUUCAUGCCGCUUUGUAGUGAUGAUAAUUGUUUAAAGGGUUGUGGUAAUACAAUAAAAUGGAUUAUUUCAAUUCAAGAAAUUUGCAAAACCUUGAAAUAAAACCAUACAAAAAAAAUUAAAAAUUGUUUUUCCCCUGUAGGAAAGAUCGUGCAAUCCCAUCGGGAGCAAUGGCAAUUUUAAAUACAAAUGUAUUAUUAAUAUACACGUUUAUUAGUAAAUUAUUGAUGCAUAAGCCUAUUUAUAUUAUUAUAUAUCUAUUCAUAUAUUAUUUAAAUAUAUUUAUAUAUUAUUUAUAUAUUAUUUAUAUAUAUUUAUAUAUAUUUAUUUAUUUUAGAAAAUGUUCGUUUCGAUAAAUUUUGUGCCAAAAUCCGUGACCUGUUUGGCCCGGACAUCCAGAAGCAGGACCUCAAGUCUCUGUACAGAAAAAUCUCAACAAAUCCUGGAGCUAAAGUUGACUGGAGUGAGGUGAGUCUUGGGGAAUAGGGACACUUCACCAUAACACUUUCUUUAAUUUGACCUAGUUUCUAAAUUUAGGUAUUGAAAUAAGCCGAAUACAAUCACAAAUAUCAAUGGAAUGUUGACAGAUUUUUUUUUUUUUGUGUGUAUUAAAAUAUUCGUCAGUGAUAUGAGUGAAUGCAUUUAUAUAUUUGUUUUAAAUGAUUCGUGCUUGGGUUAAGAUCUUAAAUAUAAUUGGUGAGAUUGCAGUUUUAAAAAAACCCCAAUAACAAAUAGCUGGAUUAAUACAAAAUACAUUAAUUAAUUAAAUAAAAUUCCAAAUUACAAUAAAUAAAAUUACAAAGCAUGGCGUGACGUCACGUUAGAUAACUUCAUAAUAAUUAUUUGCACUGUGUUUAGUGGUAUAUGAGAUGGUUGAUUAAAAUUUUUAGAAGCCUGAUAUUAUCCCUUACUAUAAUGGACUAUUUUCACCCGAAUUUCUAGGAAUAUAACAUUUUCCCCGUCUUUAAUAAGUUCUUUACUGCUUGUUAUAUGAAUUCCCUUUGUCUGACAUCCCCUAUCAGGUGUUCGGCUUUAAUACAAAAGUUGAUUUCGGCGAAUCUUCAGUGGGAGAGGAGGUCCGAGUAUUUCUUUUGUCUGGGAGGAGGAAGGUGGGAGAAGCAGCAGGUAAGAUGGUUAUCAAAAGAAAGUGAAGAUUUAUCUAGAGAAAUGAAACUGAUGAAUAAAAGAAAAUACAUUGUAAGAACAUUGCUAUUUCUUGAAAUGAACAGCAAUUAACACAGCGCCGAAAAUACUGGGUCUUUAGAUUUACAUUUUGUGGGAAAGAAGUGAACAUAUGCUUUACAAUAAAAUAUGUUUUAUAAGACGACUUAAAAAAAUAGAAGAAAAAAAAAAUUUCGUAUCUUGUUAGUUAGAGGUCUUCAAAUUUUUUUUCGGGCGUGGGGGGGGGGGGUUUGGGGGGAGGGGGGGGUUUGGGGGGGGGGUUUGGGGGGGCCUCUAUUCUGUGAAACAUUGAUGGUCUCAGUCACUUUAAUUUUACUUUUCUUUUAAUUCCAGACGUUAUUUCUAUUCGCAUUUCCACCUUGUUUGUCGUUUUGUUAUUGUUGUUGACACCCGUGACUCUAUCGCUCAGUUACUCGUCUCGCCGCAACUGAAUUGUGUCACCAUCGCGCCACCUUCGUUCAGUGAACGGGUGUUAAGAUUGGUGGGUGGGGAGCUCAUAUGAUAGACGUAGGAUUUUGGGGAUUUAAGAAAAGUAAAUAGUACUAUGUAAUCAUUUUAGGGGACAAGCCACGAAGGGACACGAUUCAAAGACUGAAGUACAUCGAUGCCUUGGAUUGCUACAUAUCGUGUUCGCAAAAAGGUGCAAUAACCGUUUGGUCAAACAAGGUGAGACUUCAGUUCUUUAUGUUUCAAGUUAAGCAUUUUUUACAAAGCUGAAAGGUUAGCCUAUUAGAAGACUGGUGAUGGGAAUUGUGUUUGUAGUUGUAGCCUUGUCAGGGCCAUCUUAACAUCAAUGUGACCCCCUAGAAAAAAAUAUAAUAAUGCAUUAGCCCAGACUGGGCCCACAUCUAAGGUCUCUUUGACCUAUGCGAGUUUCGUUAUAAAUUUAACUAUACAUAGUAUGUAUACAUAGGCAUCAAGCACCAAAUUCGUAAUUUUUCAUGCAAAAUCUGUGUAUUAACACGUCAUUUUUUCGAAAGAGGGCGUCUGAAUUCAUGCUUUGCGGCGGGCACAGCCUUCACUUGCCCCAGUCCUGGUGGCUCACCAUCGUUUCUUUUUUUGGAGUGAGAAUCUAUUUUUAGCAAUCAUAUCUGCUUGGAAAAUAUUUAGGGAGCGCAUGUCGUUAUAGAUAAGCAAAAAAAGGAAAACGAAAAAAAAAAAGAAGCACACCUUUGCCUUCAAAAAGACCCAUGCGGCUCUGGGGGAUGCAGGUUACAAACCACUGCCUUAGGCCUUAGUUAAUAUUCGAUUCAAUCAUUUGGUUAAAGUUAACUUAUUAUAUAAAAGCGCUUAACUUGUAACUAAUGUACAAUUUGAAAAUUUCAUUUGAAAUCCAUUGUAUAGGCCUAUUUGUUGACAUAUUGCUGGUGGCUAGGCAGAGAAUACUAGACAUUGCAAUUAUUAAAUAUGUAUAUCAACUAAAAAAAAAAGGAGCAUACUAUUUUUGAUGUGCACCAGCUAAAAAGUAUGUGCAAAGCCGAGAAAAUCAGUGCCCUGGGCGGCUAAGUCUGAAAAUGCCGCCCCUCAAAAUAGAGAAACAUGCGCCCCUUGUCUUUGUGAAUUUCAUGAAGUUUUAUCGUUUUAUUCCCUGCUAAGAUCCUAUCUAAAGAUUGUGUUGCCCGAGAUGAGUGCCACCUGCUCCCCUUCCCCCUUUUUGCAUGCCCCCGAGUGUGUGUGUGUGUGUGUUUACGUGCGUGUGUAUGUGCAUGUGUGUGUAUAAGUGUAUCUGCGUGUGCUACUUUUGGUUGUACGCAAGCUUAAAAAAAAAAAAAAAGCUAAUUAAAAAGAAAUAUGAAGAAAAAUAAAAAAAUAAUAGGAACCUAAAAAACCACCUGCUCCCCUUCCCCCUUUUUGCAUGCCCCCGAGGGUGUGUGUGUGUGUGUUUACGUGCGUGUGUAUGUGCAUGUGUGUGUAUAAGUGUAUCUGCGUGUGCUACUUUUGGUUGUACGCAAGCUUAAAAAAAAAAAAAAGCUAAUUAAAAAGAAAUAUGAAGAAAGAUUAUAAAAUAAUAGGUACCUUAAAACUCACAUUAAUUUCAACAAGGUAAGUCAUUAUCAGACAUUUAUUGACACAAAUAUCGAUUGCCCAAAAAAUCUGUGCGAUUCUUUGCCUUUGACAAGCACAGUUACAGCUACAAUAGUUUAAAUACCCUGUGCACGUCAGCGUUAUCAUUCUGUCGACUGAAAACAAUGAGCCAAUCAGUUGGGGCUCUGUCAAGUGUGUCGCUGGCGGGGGUCUUGUCUCCUAAAGCCAAGCCUAAUUCCCCAAGUCAUGUUUGUAAUACAAGGGCUUAAAAUGCAGUGAGACAAUCAAAUUAGACCUGCCAGACGAAUUUUUAAAAAAAUUUGGCUUGCUGACAUAAUUUUUUUGCGGAUAUCCGGAUUAGCCGGAUUUCUCCGUAAAUUGACAUUUGCGGCUGAUUUUCGGCUGAUUACGAAAUAUUCGACUGAAGCCUGGCCAAUAAUGAAGUAAUAAAACUUCAGCAAUAAAACACUUUUACAACACUUCAGAAAAAGUUUUAUUAUUUCAAACAAUAGGAAAAAAAGUUUUAUUUGCUGUCCUACUAACGAAGUGCAUGCAUGCAUUCCAUUCAUUCGGUUUCUGUCACUCAAUACCUGAUACCUUAAAACGGAACGCCAUGAAAUUUAAGAAAGCAAAAACAUUACGUUACGGCGACUCGUUCAUUUUUCGGCGGAUUCACGGCGGACGAAAAUUCGGUGGCGUAUUUGGCUCGCGGCGUCGGCUGAGGGGUCUAAAUCAAAUGCAUUCUCUUACGUCUCUGACUGGUCUUUGCUAAAACAAUGCGCCGUAAACUUUUAUUCAGAAUGUAAAAUUUUAAAUGCAGCAAAAUACUGUUGCGCGCCAAGUGCGUGUCGUAAAGAAAUUAUUUGUGCACGACGAGAUACUUCGCGUGCGUUGCACAUGCAAACCUUCGGCUGCAGGGGGGCCUCGGAUAUAUAAGGGAAUCAAAGUUGUGAGAUGGAAAAGAAAACAAAUUAUAUUACUUUGAAUGUAUGUGGAACAACACCAAAAAAAGUAGCAGGAGGCCUCCCAAAGUAUCGCGACGGCUCGAUCUGCACCGAAGUUUUUUUUUUUUACAUGGCCACAGAAGUUGAUAUGCUAAGGGAAGGUGCGUUUGUUGAUUUGUUUUAAAGUCAGUAAUUCAAGCCUCUAGCAAAUUUUAACAAUUCAUAACCCAACUAGUCAAUAAGAAAAUAUAAUUUACAUUAUUGAUGCUAGUAUUUGAUAGUAACUGUACAUGAAAAACGACAUCUUUAAAAAAUAAAAACUACAUUAAAAAAGUGUUGUCUGUAGUGUAGCCUAAUUUUGCAGGGGUGGCCAACCCAAAAGUUACUUGAAAAGUUGACGGGCAACUUUGAUCGCGUUUUUCGCUGGCAACAUGCCAUUUCACUUAUUUCAUAAAUAAAAACCAAAUAAAUGCUGUAUAUAAUCAUUUAUUUACACUUAAUGCUAUGUACAUAAUAAAAUGCAAGAUGAUAAAAAAUAAACUAAGACUAAGGUGAAAUAUGUGCUCAUUUUUUCUCUCACUUAGUCACUCAGACUUAAAAUUUUAGUGUUCCUCAAUGACGUGGCUCUUGGAUUGUCCAGCCACAACUUUAGACUUUAGUCAUACAACGUAAGAGUCGUAGGCUUAUUUUUAAAUUAUAUUAUUAAUUCAUAUUAAUAAGUUAAAUAAACUUUAUUAGGCCUAUUCAAAAUAUGUUUCAUUUCCUUAUUCAAUUCAGUUACGACUACAAACCUGCAUAGACAUUCAUGUAAGUAGUGCAUUUAGUACAUGUUUUGGAUUAAAUUGGAUGUUAAGUCCCCACCAAAGGUUAGGAAUAUCUUUUUAUUUAUAAAUUCUUGAUAUAUCUCCAAGCUAUAUCACCAAGCUUCUUAAUAUAUCUCCAAGCUUCUUAAGGGGGGAGGUACACCGUGAAAGAUGGAAAAAAGCCUUUUUUCGAUUUAACGGCAACCAUUGAUAUCAAAUUAAAGUGUAUUUAAUUCUACACAAUUUUUGUAAUUAUUUUUAAUUUAAGCCAAAUAGUUCUUGAGAUAUGGAUUUUUUGUUAGAAGUGGGGUGUGUCAGAAUUUUAAAAAAAAAAAAAAUCCUUAUACUUUUUCUAUCUCAAUUGUAUUAAAACAAGGAUGACCUCCCCAAUAAUUGUUUAAUACAAUGAUCAGUCCUUUAAAUAUGGCGGCUUCCAUGGAAAUAAACAAAACAUUUUUGUGAAUAUUAAAAUUGUCUUAAUAUUUUUUUAUAAUUUGUGCCUAGUGAUAACAAAUAUUCAAAGAAACGAGCGUUUCAUGAAAAUAGAUAUACUAAGCCUAAUAUUGGACCCAAUGAGGAUAUUUUAAAUGAAAUAAAUUAAUCAAAACAAUCUGAUUCCAUUGAAUGGUUGAAUAUUAUGAUGACCUACGCCUACUCUCCAACUCCUGCAUUGACUUUGAAUUUAGUGGUCUUGAUAACACCAAAUGCCACGCCCACCCAGAACAAGUCAGAAAUUAAAUUGAUAGACAUAUAUGGAGUUAAUGGUUCUCAUUUAGAUUAAAGUGAAAAUUAAGGCAUCUGUAAAUCAUUUCAUUAAUUUUUAAUGUUUAUAAUAGCAGGGAAUCAGCAGAACUUAAUUUAAUUAGGCCAAAUUUUUAGACGCCUUUACCAUCCAAUUAUUUUUUAGUAAAUUUUUAGAUAUUUAUACCCAAAAUGAGAACAAAUCGAUGAAUAAUAUUAUAUUGAAAAUGUGACCUAAGAAUAAAUAUCAUGGUUUAAGUUUAAGAGCUAUCCACAUUGGUGUUGACUUAGCAACCCUUCUUUUCAAUGAUGGAUCCAAAGUAUUGGAGGCUCCUCUAAGAUUUUGCAGCUUUCCUUUGGACAGUUUACUUUCAAUUAUUUCAUUAUGAUGGGUGCUAAGCGGAUAUCUUAUGAUGGGUGCUAAGCGGAUAUCGAAGACACAAAAAAAACAAAUGAAUAAGUCCUUAGAAGAUAGAAGAACCAGAAGAAGGCUCAAAUUUAGGUUAGAAGAGUCAAAAGUUGAAGCUAAAUUACAUCCUUAUCUUUCAGGGGGAUCAUUAAAAUUAUAAAAUUUAUUUACUUAAUGAACAAAAUUAUUGCACGUUCAUUCACAAAAUUUCAAAAUUUAAUUCACAUAAAAAAUGAUAACUUUUUAAAAUAUCAACCAAUUUGUUUAAAAUUUUCAAGGUGCUAUAUUAUAUUGUCUAUGUCAGCAACUAAGGAUAUUGUAAUAUAUUAAUAAGUACACAUUUUACAAUCCAUCAAAGUUUGAUUUUAAAAUGUCAAAAUUAAGAUACUUUGGGAUGCUGUGAUACAAAAAGUAUUCAAUAAAUUACAUUUUUCCUAGUUGUCGCCCAAGCUAAUCCAUAUUUCUGUAUGGUUAAAAAAUUGUAAUAAAUUUGAGCUUAAAACAUUCUAACUAAUUUUUUUUGUCUGACAUGCCAGUUUCCAGAAUCCCAUUUUUCUUCUUUUUUUUUUUCAAUGAUAGCAAACUAAUAUGUUGCACUACUAAUGGUUAUUUUAUGUUUUAUUAUGGUAGAAUGAUCAUUCCUCUAGCUUCAGUGAAAAUUUAACACUUGUAACUUAAAUAGUUUUUUUUGUGUGAAUUUUUUAGUAGUCGACCUGUGUUCAGGGUGUACCUCCCCACUUAAGAGAUCUCCAAGUUUCAUACCAAACAGUGUAGGAAAAGAAAGCAAAGAACUUAAUAGGCGGCAAUGGGAUUUUAGCUUAGCAAACUUUAUCUUCAUAAAAUUUUCAGAGCAACACUAAAAACUAAAAAUGUUUUACCCCCUUUGUCCCCACCCCUCCCUUUUUUUCUUCUUGUAAACAAAGAACCUUUAUUAGACUUUGCAGUUUUAUCCAUGAACUCAGAAUGAUAAAAAUUGAUGAAAAAAGAUAAAAAAGAAUAUAUAAACAUUUCUUAAAUAAUGUUAAGUAAAAGAUGAAAUGUGACAAUCCACUAUUCUACUGAUAAACUUUUAUAAAAAAAAAUAAAACAUAAAAAAAUAUAAGCCAACAUGUUAUGGAUAACAGAUUGAACAUUAUAUAGGAACCUGCCUGGACUACCUGCUGCGAUUACCUGCCUGGACUGAGAAGGGUGAUAUGUACCACAGAGAGGAGCAUAGCUCUCUGGGACAAUAGAGCUAAAGGAAAUGCACAGGUAAGCCGGUCCAAGUUAACCACAUGAUAAAAAGAAGUAUAAAGACUUCACGGAAUCAUCAAACUAAUUUCAGGCUCUGUAUCAGAUCUUGGAGAAAGACAUGUUAUAAGAUAACUUUUACUGAUGAAUAUUAAAGAAAAGCUUGCAAAGUUUUUCAAUUUAUUUCAUGUUCAUGUAACAUCUUAAUCCCCAUAAGAUAAAUGGGUGGUCAUGCUUUUUAAUUUAAAAAGAAUUAGUUUGCUUAUAGGAAUUUUUAAAAAUUGAUUAAGGUUUGUUGAAGUAAUUUAUUUUGAAAUCUUUGAUAUAAAAAUUAACUAUUUAUAAUUAAAUAAAAAAAAAAUAUUUCCCUUUAAUCCAGAGGUGGACCUGAUUAAUUAAAUGCUGCCUACAACGAUCUAUCAAAAGUGCACCCCCCCCCAAAUACAUACUCACACACCAUAAUUUUAUAAUUUUUUAUGUGUAAACUUCAAAAAAAAAAAGCUGCCCCCCCCACCCACACACCCAUCAUCCACAUUUUAUGAAAUGUACUAUUUAAAGGCCCUAAUUAUGGGUUGUGAUGUAUUCUGAUGGUUUAAUUUUGGUCCAAGCAACUGACAGCUAUAUUUUAUUACUUUGGACAAAAAUAUAGGUUAACCUUUAUCUUUACAAAUAAAUUUACAACUAAACUGAGAAUUGUGUUCCGAGCCUUUUACUCUUUCGAGGCUUUAUGACUAAACUAUAUGUAAUAUAUAUAUAUAAUAUAUUAGGCUUUGUUUUGUGGUUUUCUUUUACUGAAUCUCUCUUUCUCUCUCUCUCAAUAAAGAACACCACAAAACAAACCCUAAUAUUACUUUCUAACUUUCUUGUAGGGCCUAUUCAUCAUCAAACCUAUUGAAGACUCUCCUCAAUGUGUUGCCGUCCUCCCCACCCUCCCUGGUGAACAUGGAGACACCGUCUUGUAUGGCGAUGACCAAGGCUACUUGAAUCUACUCACACUUCUACCCCAGGACUUGACAGUCAAACAUGUGACCAGAGACAGAAGAGCAGAAACAUCUCAGAGUCACACACUAGAUCCGAACAAACUCACACAGUAAGGAAGUUUGCCUAUGUAAGCUAACAGUAAUGAAUUUUAAUAACCUUUGAAUCAAACCAUAAAAAAAAGCCAUAUCAUUACCAGUAUUGAGAUAAACCUUAGAACAUUAUUCAGGAGGCAAAGUUUAAAUAGGGCAACAAUUACAAAUAUCUCAUUAAAGUAUACUGGUCUCAUAUUGAUAUUGUUAAUCCCAAUUUUUAAAAGGUGAGUGUGGACUGAUAAGAAUAUAUGAAUGUUGAACAUUUUAAGGAAUUACACAAAUAGAUGGCUGUGUUGAUGAUCUGUUGUUUGUGUGUUGAUAUCAUUUGUGUACUGAUUCUAUUGACAAAAGGCUACUACUAAUUUUCAAAAUACGGAUGGGCAAUAAGCAGCAGUGAAUAGUUAGACUUGAUUAAUUAGGGCUCAUAGCUACUGUCACAAGACUUUCUGAUUUCAUUUCCAACCAUCUGGAUUUUUUACUAUGCAAGCCACCGCCAAUCCCAGUGCCACUUUCAAUCGACUAAUUGCAGUUUAGAUUAGUAUUAGGAUGUCAUCAUGACCUACAUUUAACUACAAAAUUAAUUGCACAAUUGUUUGCUCACCACAGCCCAAUAAUACGGCGGAAGAUACACAAAGAUUCUGUUCUAAAGGUAAAAAUAAAAAAAUAGCAUUGUCAGCUGGAAAGGGUUUUAUUGGAAUUAUUUCUUGUUCACUAAUGACCAUAGAAGUGAUAUUGGAGAUUUGGAGAUCUAAAUUAGUUAUAAAAGACAUCUGAGGAUAUUUUAUAAAAAUUAAUUUUUAAUUUAAGUGUAAGAAUUGUUUUACGAGAACAUAUGAAAUGGAGCAAGGAUCAUGAAAAAAGUUUUGAAAGAAUUUUUCUAAAAACUAAAAUCAUUUUGAAAGAUGUGCUUAUAUCCUGGUUUUUAAAUAAUAUAGACAUGAAUAUAUAUUAUCAUUUUAAAAAAAUGCAUUCUUUUUACUUUAGGUCAAAUAUUUUCCCAGCCUAAAAUGUUUUGCAUCAUGUUCCAACAGUAGUUCUACUUCAUUUGUUUUAGAAAAAGUUGACAGGAUAUUCUAUCUCAAUCAGUAAGUAUCAUCAUAGUCAUAGCAUUUUAAAAAAAUGAAAUGUUAUUUUAUUUUGUUUAUCUUUGUUUUAUUAUUUUAUCAUGGUUGAGAAUGUACUUUGGCUACCUAUAGAAAAUUAUUUUUAUGCUUUUUGUGUAUGUUUCAGAUUCUUUUAGCGUAAUACAUAAUAUACCCGGUAUUUAGAAAAUAAACAAUAUCAAACUCUGUAGUUGAAAUAUCAUAUAAUUUAUGCUUGUCAAGCUUUGCAGCUCUCUUGUAGCGUUGCACAUUUUUUAGACUCCACAAUCCAAAGAAACUACAUUUCUGAAUCAUUUGAGAAAACUUAAAAUGUAAAAUUUUAAAAUGUUUUUUUAAAGUUUUUAACACUCAUCUUAAAAAAAAACCCAAUAUUAUUGCAAACAGCCAUUGCUCAUAGAUGUAUUUAGAAUAUUUAUGUUUUGUGUCAUUGCUUGGUUAUAAAUUUAUUUCUUACAAUCUUAAGAAUUUAUAUUUUUACUUAAGAAACAAUUCUGGGUAACAUCAGCAAUUACUUCUAUCUUGCCAGAGAGCCUCGGAGUGUGGCUGUUUAUAAAGGGGUCAGCUGUUUUGAUUUCUGUGUUCGUGCCAAUAUCAUAGCAACUGGUGGGGUGGAUAAAGUCAUUCGACUGUGGCAUCCUCAUAUUUUCUCUAGGCCAUCUGGUAGGCCUCUAUUAAAAAAAUCCAUUUGUUAACCCAUAAUUCUCACUCUCACAUUCACCAAUGUGUGUAUAUUUUGUUUCUUUUAUUUUGAAAUAAUUGCAAAAACAAAUAAUUUUAAAUGUAAAUUUUGAUUUAAAUAGAAUUUGUUGAGCCAAGAAGUAACAAGAUUAUACUAUAAUUAAUGUGUCAUAACAUCUAUAUAUAGUUGUAACCAUAUUGUUUCUUAUACAAAGUGUUUUUGAAUUAACUGUUGAAAGAAACAGAAUUAAAUUUUAUUUUAUAGAACCUGUAUACAUCUCUGUUGAGUGACCACAUCUGUUUACCUAUGGACAACAAAGUUAACAAUUUAUUUUUGUCUUUAUUUAGUUGAUCACAUUGUUAACUAAAAUUAUCUAUUGAUAGAGAGUACCCUUUGCACUCCAGGAAAAAAAUAUAAUUUAAUUAUUUUGGUCAACAGUGAUUGGUGCAAGAGCUUUGGAGCUUACAUCUAGCAAUGAUGUUUUUUUAAGUUACCUUCACUAUUUAAAUUGUUGGAAUCAAACACUCAUUAUCUCUUACACAUUUAAAUGAUAUCCAUUCUAGGAAAACUGACGGGCCACCUCUUCACCAUUGUUGACAUUGUUGCUAAUGAGACAGAUCAACACAUCAUCAGUUUGUCUACUGCCAGAGUUUUUAGAAUUUGGGAUAUUCACACCCUCGCAUGUUUGCAGGUUGGUUAGUUGAGGUGUCAAUUUGAUUGCUGGAUUUCUAUAAUCGUUAUGCUUAGAUGUAGGCUACUUUCUUUACCUAAGACAUGACAAGGGAUUUCUGAGAGGAGGGGGUCCAUUCAGGUGGUUAUUCACCAUUAUUUAGUUUAAAUAUUUAUUUAUUUUAUGUAAGAAAUGUUUAAACUAAACUAAGUAGUUAAUAUUUUUCAGUUUUUACUUACAUUUUUUGCUUUUAUAAAAAUAGGCCUGUUAUCUAGUGCCUAACCUCAUAUUACUUUUAACAUUACUUUAAAAAAAAAUCCAUGUAAACGCAAUUUACUCCAAUUUAAUUUGAUGUUUUUUUUAAAAAGGUUUUUACUGACAAUGAAGAUAGACCAGGGGACAAAAGAAUUUAUUCCAUUACAUUCGAUGACAGAAAUGGACGACUGUUGUCAGGUUUGUAGAGUAUAAAAUUUUUGAUUCAGAUGUGAAUGUUUAUAAGAGUUUAGACAAAAGUUGAUUUUAUAUAGGGAUAAAAACAUAAAUAACUAGUUUUUUAAGGCUUUUCUCACAGAAAUUAUUUUAUUAUUAGGCUCCAGUGUAGUAGACAGUUGGCCUUUGUCUCGGACAAUAAAAGAACCAGCACCAGUACCACUGACACAUGACCGCCCCAUUAUACUAGUGAGUAAAGUCUAGUUACCUGAAGCCAUGUCCAUUCCCCUCUACCAUUCAAUGAUCUGAAAAUAUAUAUUAAUUCUUUUUGGCUGAAGAUUAAGCAUGAUAGUUUUGUUAUCUUGUCUCAUUUUUAUUUUUUAUUUUGUCUGUAUGAUAUUUAUUUAAAGAGCAUUAUUUAAAUAAAUUAAAUGAACUCUCAAUUUUUUUUCUGAACCAAAGAUGUUGCUCAACAAAGAAUUUAACCAACUUGUAUCAGUUUGCACUGAGCCAGUCCUAAAGGUAAGAAAAAGACUUUGACUUGUGAAAUAUGAAUAGUAUAUUUAAAUUUAUUAAUUUCAUAUAUUUAUGUUUAAUUUGAAUCUGUUUAAACUUAAUUGCCGCAGUUCUGAUAAAAAGAAAAAAACUUUUACUUUGUAUUUUUACAUAACAGUUAGAUUUUUUUUGUCUAGAUUUUUAAAAAAGAAACAAAUAAAGUUUUUACCUUUUAGAAAUAUUGAGAAAACAAAUUAUUUACUCAAGAUUGAUGUGGCAAAAAAUUAAUAAAUUUAUUUUAAUUUUAAAAUCAAUUUCUGAAGGUUUGGGAGGUGGAAAAUGGCAAGUUGGUGUAUUGUAUAGAAGACCCUCAUGGAUCAUCUACAGAAGUUACUGCCUUGACAUUGGAUGUGACUAAUUAUAGACUAAUAACAGGGGCUUUUGAUGGUAAGUUAUAUAAUGUGGUGUGUUUGUGUUAUUGGGUGUAUAUUGUGUGGAUAUAAUUGGGUAUUGUUGCUGGUAUGUUACAUGUGGUGUUAGAAGUUUGUAAAGUUGUGUGUGGAUGAUGUUAUAAAACUGAUUUCAAUAAAACUGUGCUUAGAUUUGGAGAUUAAUUUUGUCACAUGUGGGUAGCAGAUAGAAAACAUUGUAAAAUAUUAGAGAUUUCAAUCUAAGAUAGUUUUAUUUGUAUUAAAUUUUUAAUGUCUCUUUGCAGAGUGUAUAAUUUAUUUUAAUUGUUUAUAUAAAAAACACUAAAAAAAAAAGACUCAGGAUGCAUAACCCUUUAAUGAAAAUAUGAUUUGUUACAUCUAAAUAUAUAAGCAAUCUGAUUUUUAGGGUCCUUGAAAAUAUGGGACUUUGGGUCAGGCCAGAUGGUUAAAGCCAAAAUGACCACAACUUCUUCUGUAAACAAUGACCGCAGCAUAACAUCUCUAGUGUGCACCAGGAAUCGUAAUGAUAAUAUUAUCAUUGCAAAUACAAAGAAGAAGAUUCAGAUCUAUUUGGUAAGUAGAGCCUGAACCAUCAGCCAAAAUAUAAAUAUGCUUAGAAAACUAUUUUAUUUUUAUUGAAGAUAUAUUGUUGUUGGUUUUACUUUUAAAAGAUAAAGGUAAAAAUAUAUGUUAAAGAAGUGACAGAGGAAGAGGCGUUCUUCCACUGGCGGCUCUUUGUACUUUAUGUAGAGGUGGGCGGCAUUUUCGGCACAAAAGACGCAAAGCAUAAUUCUAUACAGCGUAUUUAGUCUGAUCUAGUUAAAUUGAAAUAUUAGGUAGAAAAAAAGGAGGGAAGUAGAAAAAAAAACCAACAAGCAGUCAACUAGGGGAGGUCAUUAAAGGGGGAAAUUUGAGAUAUUUUUUGUCCUUUUGAUAAAGGAGUAUGACUUGAAAUAACAAGCUCAAUGCAGCUGGAACAAUAUAGGCCUACAAUAAAACAACAAAAAAGUAUGCUUAUAAAAUCCUCAGCAUGUGGAAGUUAGGAUCUAGGAAAAGCACCAUUUAAUAAAAUUUACUUUCACUCCAACCUUUGUGAUUUUACACAUAUAAUUGUAAGAACAUUAGUAUUAUUAUUCUAAGUUCAAUAAAUCAGAAAUAUUUUAAUUAUAAUGUCAAUGCUUUGAUUUUGUGCCAGCACUUGUGAUGUGAUCUGUUACCCGAAAGAUAUGAUUUCAUUUGAUCCGAUUGUAAAUCCGCCAUUGCUAUAAUGACUUUAAACAUUUUUAUGAGUUUGCACUCUAUUAGAUACUUGGUGGGAUUAAAGCAUAUUUACUAGCUGUCUAGUCUUUGUCCUUAGAUAGUGAUUGCAGUGUGCCCCAGCUGGGGCUAAAGGGAUCAUCAUGUAUUAUGAUGACAGUAAUAAAGAAGGCAAAAUAAAGAAUUGAACCAAAUACCACUAUAAUGCUUGCAAUGAUUGUUAAGAAAAAAAAAAAGAAUUGACAAAAUGCUUUUUUAGCUAUUUGGCCCUAAUGCUUUUAAAUAUAACUUGGCGCCACAACUCACUUAAUGCAUCAGGCAGUAAUAGACUUAUAUAUAUUUAAUACGUUUUUGUGACAGUAAGCUCAUCAGCUUCUUAAAAAUAAAAUGUACUAAUGAAGAACUUUAAAGAAAUUAAUUAGUUUAAUAGAGUUAUAAUGUUUUUAUUAAACAAUAUUACUAUUUAGUACCAAUGAAAAAUAAUAAACUUAAUAGCAUUUCUCUGUGAACAUUAGCCCAAUACUAAAUUCAGGUAUACGCAAAAAGGAAUCCCUAUAUUUUGAAUUGAACAAAAAAUUGUUGGGCUAAAUGAGCCCCACCCACCCAAGCCCACUACCCCCCAAGUCCACUACCCCCACUUUAGCUUCUUCUUCUCCCCUCCCCACAAUUUCCCUUCCAGUACAAUUUAGUGCAGAUGACAGGGACAGUGCUAUUUCAAGGUUCAUUUUUUCCAGGUUUCAAUGUGCAAAGAAGCACUAUAUAUAUUUAUGUGUAGUGUUUUCAAAAUAAAAAGGGGGUGGUGGGAAUUCAACAGUUUCCUCAGGCAGCACAAUGUCACACUACACCACUGUGUUAAAGUGUUAUAGUUUAACACGCUUAUCUAGUUUAGGAAAAAAUGCAAUUUGAGAUAAUUGUGACCUUCAGUUUAGGCCAAGUGAAAUUUUUUUCUGUGGCCAGGGAAUUUAUUACUGUACAAUUAAUUUGAAUCUAUACACAGGACGCUCAUGACAGUAACAGGCUGGUACUUGUUCAAGAGCUGACAGACUUGUUCACUCUCCCCAAAGACAUAGGAUAUGUUGACAAGGUUACUACAGAUGAUCUCCUCCAAGCAAGUCCAUCUUUUCAGUUUGAGCCCACAGCUUUAAGUGCUGUAAGCAAAUCUUUAGAGGAUGGAAGUACAACUCCAAAACCUGUUCUAGAUCUUUCAGAUUUCAGUCAUGGCAUAUCAAGUAAAAAAGGUUCAUUUCUUCGGACUGGUCUUUUGCCAGACAUAAAAAAGAACCAGGUAUCUGAGAUUUUUUUCAACUAAACUGUUAAUGUGUGCGUGACAUUUUCAGGGCAAGAUUAGUCAUAGGGCAUGUUGGGAAGUGUGCUUAAAUUGCCCAGGCUUUAGCGGUUUCAUUAUAAUAUCCACCACUUUUCAAAGGCAGUGUUGCCAUUAGCAGCAAAGAAACUCCUUGUUGGCCGUCUCCUCUUGAUAAAGCCCUGUAUGUCUGUAUGUUUAAAAAGGAUUAUGAAUAUCAGAAAUAGGAAUAAAAUAAAAUUUGUGUAAAAUGUUAAUAUUUCAGAAAAAAAUUAAUGUAGAAAUUAUAGUAAAACAGUGAUUUAUUGUAACUCAAGUUAAACAACUGAAAGUUUGGAACAAAGACAGUCAGUCAAUCAGAUUUACUUCUGGAUUAAAAUAAAAAAUAACCAUGAGGAGGUAAGCCAGCGAGGUCAUAAUCAGGGGCAGGCAAGCCAAUAAGCUCAUAACCAUGAGGAGGUAAGCCAGCGAGGUCAUAAUCAGGGGCAGGCAAGCCAAUAAGCUCAUAACCAGUGUGAAAAGGAGCCACUGUAAACAUCUAUAAGAAGAAAUCAUAAACAAUUUAAAAGGACCGUCAAAACAAAAAAUACAAAUGAACUUAGACAAUAUAUUUUAAGCAUUGUUUUUCCAGGCAUCAUCUGCUUGUGACCAUGAGGUAACCUGCAUAACACUCAUAUACUCUAACCUAGUGGCAUCAGGUUGUUAUAAUGGGGACAUUAUUGUCUGGGAUACAGAACGAAUGGCUAUACAAAAUUUGUAAGUAUUUGUUAAAAGCUUUUUUCAUGAAAGUCAAGCAAGAAUUUUAAAAAAAGUGUGCCCCCCUUCCACAUCAUACAUUCUAAGUGAUAAUAUUUUCCCAUAUUUGGUACAUGGUUUUUCCUGGUAAUUGAAUAUUUAAAAAAAAAUACAAAUGUUAAAAAUGCUCUCUUUGAUCAGAACUCUGUUUACAUCUUUAUUGAAAUAAAUAUUGGUCCCAAUGAUUCCUUUGGUCAGUGUACUAUUUAAUAUGAAUAUGGUGAAUGAUUGAUAGCUAGACAUAAUAAGAUUAUAGAUGUUGGAAUCAUGAACAAACAGAAUUAGUGCUAUGAAAUUGGAAGUAGCAUUGAAAAUAUUUAAAAGUGUGUAAGCAGUUAAAUUAACAAAAAUUAUUACACAAUAUGAAUAACUUGAAGCAGUCAUAAUGUGACAUUAAAAAAAUGAUCAGUAACGGAGACAGGUCAGUGACAUGCAUCGAUGAGUUAAGAAGACAGGGUCAGUGAAAUGCAUCAAUGAGUUACGAAGAUAGGGUCAGUGAAAUGCAUCGAUGAGUCAAGAAGACAAUGACAUGAACUGAGUAGUUAAGAAAACAGUAAACCUGCAUAAAACUGUUUUUUUUUUUAAAAUGUCAGUCAAAUCUCUACAUAUUUAUUUCAAGACUUACCUUGCCAAAUGGCAUCAAGCAGGAACUAUCUUUUGGUAACAGCAGAAGUGAGCAUAAAGUCAACCAAAUUGUUGUUAUGAAAUACAGAAUACGCAAGUAAUUAUUUAAAUGGUUAAUUUAAAAAAAGAAGUUAAAGUCAUUGCUUUUUUUAAAUUUAAGUUAUAAUUCUUACACAUAAACUAAUUUGUGAGAAUACAAUCUGUGGGCUCAUUCAUAAUCAAUGAAUAACUUUAGUCUGCGUUUGUCAGAGUUAAGUGGUUGAAAUUUGUUAAUUUUUUUUUGGGGUGGGGGAGAUUUCAAAAUAGAAAAUUAGUUAGUGCUUUUAAAAAAUGAAUCACUGAACCUCUAAGUUGCUUGAAAUGCCCCCUUUCUGCAGGGGUGUGAAAACUACAACUCACUAGCUACCCGUUAACUGCAUGUGGCAUUUGUCAAUUUUUGUGGCCACACAAUUUGAAACAUGUUUUAUUUUUAAAUGUAGUCUAAAAGUAAAUGCACAAUUUGUGUGUUUUAAAAUUGAACAGUGAAGCAUGUGCUUACAAUAAAAGUGUACUUUUUCUUGAUGUAACUGACAUAAAGUUAAUCCUGAAGCAAAUUUUGCUUUUUUUGCACACGAAUUGCCCAAGAGACCUUACAAAUUUUAAAAUGGGCAUCAUGGAGAAAAUGCUUGUGCCCUACUGAAAUCAAUAACACUUAAAUAACCUAUGUAUUAUCUACUAAACUGCUAAAUUUUAAUGUUAGACUAUAUUGUCUUAAGCUUAAAUUGAUUAGUGCAAUGUCUUAAAACUAAAAUUUCAUCAUAAGGAAAGAGUCAUAUUUUUUAAUAGAACAGUUAUAUUAUAAACAACACAUUUAAUGUAAACAUAAUUACCAGUACUAAUUUUAAAAGAUAUUUGCCCCUUUAUAAUUUAUAAUAUAAAAUAAAAUCCUGGAAAAAUAGCUUCAGUAUCUGUUUUAAAAAUAAUAUACUGCGGUAUUCCAGUCACAGACAAAGUACCAUUCAACAAACGGCUGAUGCUCUGUCAGCAUCACUUACAAAGCACAGAUCCAGACGGUCUGGGGUAGUGGACAAUGUCUCAUUGGAGAUGUCACAGGUACCUAUUCCACAGUUAAAUAGUUUGCAAUUUAAUGAGUUGUUUCUACACUGUCCAAAUAUUGCAAAUACACAAAAGAGGUUAGAAAAAAUAAAUUUAAAAAAGUGCUUAUUUUUCUGGGGUUGUUGGAAAGCGUUUAGUGUUGUUAUUUUCACCAAUAAGAAAAUUGAAACCUUCAUUAUUAAACAAAAGAUGUGUGCAAUAAAUGAACCAAUAAAGAAUAAAUUUGUAAUUUUUUCAUUUGAUGCUGUUAUAUAUAGCAUUUCCUGUGAUUCUAUUGAUUAAAAAAAAAGAAGGGUUUCGGAAUUGAUGAGGGAUAAACAUUGGUUAUCAAUAUUAACAAAUGUCACCAACUUUUGUAACAGUGGUCUAUUUUUUAAAACUGUAACUGCUACUUUAAACUGUAAUUUUUUAUUGUAAUUGUUACAUUUCUGUUUGUACACUUGACACUUCACUCCAGGUGGGUAGUGCCACUCCUCAGCUACAACAAAUCAUUCCUAAAUUAAAGGAUGAACAAGUGGAACAUGUCAAUGACACUGCACUACAACCUGGCAUGGACAUCAAUAGUGAACAAGACGAUGAAAUGACAGAUGUAAAGGAAACCAUGAUUACACAUGAUGAUUUGGACACAGCUGGGGGUAUUUAAUCAAACAGUUUUUUUAUUUUUCAAUAGCAACAAAUUUCUUUACUAAGAACCCUGAAUUAACAUUAGUAACUUAUGCAAUUGACAACGUGGGACCUAUUCAUUAGAAUCCUAAGUUAUUAGAUAUAAAUAAGUCAAAUGGCAACAUUCAAAACAUUGUUCUUUACACACACAAACGGAAACAAUCUGUUUCAUUCAUAGCAAUAGGGAAUUUGAAAAUGAAAUGUUGUCAUUAAAGAAUGGAAAUGUGACGAAAAGCAGUUUGAAAAUAAUCAUUUUCGUAAUUUUAAGUAAUUCAAUGUUUGUGUUAAUUGAAAAAGGUUAAAAUUUUGAAGCAUUUGGCGUGCUUGAAAAUAUUAUUUUUAAUAUUUCUAAUUUAUUGUUUAUCUCAUAUAUAUAUUUUGCUUCUGAUGUGUCCUGCUUCCUCUUCACAAACGGCCCUCCCCCAACUCCAUAUGUCUUAUAUUAAUAGUACCGAGAGGAAAAAAACACACAAAAGCUUUCAUGCAUGACGUCUCAGGUUGAUUAUUUCCUUUGAGGGGAGGAGACUGUUAUAUUAAUCAAUCACCAGCCAUGGGUAUGGUGUGGGACUGUCUGUAGCCCUAUUGUUUAAAUGCCUACAGUUAGGGUGUAGGACUGUCUGUAGCCCCAUUGUUUAAAUGCCUACAGUUAUGAUGUAGGACUGUCUGUAGCCCUAUUGUUUCUAGGCCGGCUUAUAUUAUAGAAAAUGAGAACUUAAAAUUUCUUUUUAACACUUGGACCCACUGGGUAUUUUCUAAAAAUAAGCGGACCUGGUGUAAAAAAAACUGCUCCGGUUAAGCCCUAGUUAUUUAUACAUUAAAAAGUAUUCAAAUAAUUCCAUAUUCAUUAAAAAGUUUACUUGGGAAAACUUAACAUGUUAUGUGGAGCCAUAAAUUAAAAGGAAAAAGUAAUGGAGAACAGUGAGCAAUUGUUAAAUGGUAAAUUCUAAGAAAUGUCACAGUCCAAAUGAAUUGUGAUACACAUUUUUCUUUCUAAGGAAAGCUCAAAGAAGAAAUUGUCUUGAUCAAAUUUAAUGCAAGCAAUUUAAUAUUUUGCCAAAAAUGUCUUUUUUAUAACCAUUUAUUCCAGAAUCAAAGGGAUCUGAAUACAAAUGUUUGGGAAGUUCUACUAGGAAAAAAUCAUCAAAAUCAUUCAUAGAAACAAGGUCUACGCUUGAUUCUUAUUCAAAAUCCCCAGGGCUCAGUUAUGAAAUUGUUCUUGCCUCAGCCCACAACGAUGGUUACAUCAGAUUCUGGAAUCUUACAGUGAGUGUAACAUUUGUAAUCGGUCUAAACUCUGCAUGAGGAUUCUUAAAAGCCCCAACCAGCAGGCUGUCAAAUCUUUGGCCGCACAGAUAGCAGAAGUAUAGCUAAGGUGGGGCGCAGAGGGAGGACCAAUUUCCCCAUGAGCCAUACAAGUGGCCGGGGGGGGGGUGCCAAAAAUUUGUUUUGAUGGUAAUAAUGGAUUUCAGAGUUGAGGAGGGGUGCACAAAUUAAUCUUGUCACAGUGCAUACAUUUUUUUUAGCUAUAUCAUUGACAUAAUGCAAAUUGUUAAAAUCUUCUAAAAACUAGUUCUUUAUCUUAUUGAUCAUUAUGCAUGAAUGUUAUGAUUUUUAAAAUUAGUUUAAAUAGAACAAUUACACUUGCACAACCAAAAAAAAAAACUAAAAAAAAUUAUUAAGCAACUCCCCAAAAAACCAAAACACACAAAUCAAAUUAAAACUAUUUCCAUAACUUUACAAAACAAGAACCAACAUUAACUGGCCUCAUUUUAAAUAUUGGUCCAAUUAAAAUCUAUCGAUUGAUUAUUUCCACAAUGGUUAUGAGCCUAAAAAAAGCUACAACAACAUGCUACAAUUCGAUAUAAACAUGUACUUUUUAUUUCAGUAUCAAUACAUUAAUGAAAUACAUUAUAGCAUUGACAACUUUUUAUCUGUAAAUCUUAGGGAGAGCUGCUGUGCCAGAUCUCCACAUUAACACCAAAGUCAGGAUCUCCCCUCACCGCUUUGUGUUACAAUGAACACACACGAACUUUAGUUGCUGGAGACACAAGUGAGAUGUGGCUUUUGCUUUUAGUUCUUACUAUUCCUCACAUGGCAUCAUCAACAUCAUUCAGAUCCAGUAGCUAUUUGGGCUUGCAAUCACCACAUGUAUAUUCAUGCAAUCCAUACUUUCAUAGAAUUAUUUUUUCACAAUGAUGCAUAGGGUUAUGUUAAUUUUGUUCUUCCUUAAUAAAAAAAAAAAUCAGUCAAUCAAUUUUAACAAAUAAGAUUUCUUAUCCAAUGUGCUAAUCUUCCAAUUUUUAAAAAAUUCAAACCAGUUCUUCACAGCUUACAAACUUUCUUGUUAAACACUGUAAUGCUCUAAAAAGAGAUAUUAUUCUUCAAAAUUUAAUUUGGUUUUUAUUAUAUUUUUAUUUCCAUUCUUUCACCUAAAUAGAAGGCUAUCUUACUGUUUUUGAUACUAAAAGAUUACUACAAGACCACAAAAAGCCAGAUUCAGUAAGUGCAAAGGUCAUUUUAAUAUUGAAACAAACAAAACUUUUCAAUUGAUAUUACAUGUAUCAUGAUUUUCUUUAUUAAACACAACUGGUGAAGAGUAAAUAUAACGGUCUUUGUUGUUAUUUUUAAAUGAAGAUUAAUACCAUUAUUGUACAGACUCUCUAGAAAAACUGCUAAAACUAAAUAAAAAAAUGUAAAAAAAAAAAGUGCCUAUUCCCAACACUAACAUAUCCCAAUUUAAAAAAAUAAAUAAAUAUAUGUAUAUAUUUAUUAAAAAUUUCUCCAAGGCAGCAAGAAAAUAAAACAAUAUUGGAAGAUCAACAGUAAAUAUAGGCCCUAUAUAUUCAAAGAAAAGUUGUAUUCUGUGUGGAAGUAAGAUGUUUUAAUUAAAAAAAAAAAAAAUAAACAUCCAUUUUGAAAAUAAUAUUUAUUAAAAUGGGCAGAUAGCAUUCAUUAGCAGAUGUACUCUGAGAAAAGAAUUUAAAUAAAUUGUGAUGCGAGCCAUGAAUGCACUUUCAAAAUAAUUCUUAGUCAAUUUACUUAAUAUUAUAAUAUUAUGAUAUUAUUUUGAAGGAAAUAUAAACAUUACCCCCAAUAUAAUCAAAGCUCUUGAUUUUAGAAACUGCAAAUCUUACUUGUUCCAGAAAAGGGUCAAACAGAAACUCUGCUGGAGAGCCCAUACCGCAACCAUUGUUUCCAUGGUCACAGAAGAUGGUACCAAUAAAAUUAUGUCUACAUCUUCUGAUGGUUCAAUCAGGCAAGUUGACAUUAAAAUAUUUUUUUGUCACCAAACACAAAUAAGAUAAGAUAAGGUUCUUUUAUUGAUCCUAACAAAUGGAAAUGCUUUUUGAUUGUAUAGUACAUGUUCAGCACAUAAAUAAAACAAAUUGAACACGAGACGUACACAUUAAAUUAUUUCACUAGUGAAAAAAAAAAUACACUCAAUAAACAGCUUUAUAUUAUGAAUUUUCUAAGUCCAUUCUGAACAAACAGAGCCUUACCAUUGUUAAUUUGUGCAUCUGCAUUUACACAUAAAAAAUGAAUGAGUUUUGUCAAGGAUUACAAUACAAUAAAUUUAAUAGCAAAAAAUGUCUGCAAAAAAGGAGCUUUAUUAAUGAAUGCAGAAUUUGAUGCCUUAACAAGAAAGAAAAACUAGAUUAAAUUAAUUUGGACAUUUCUUAACAAAAUUUUGGUUGAGACCAUUGUGUUUUUGUCCAGGCCAGGCCCGCACAACAUACGGCCCACGUGCCAGCACCCACUUUGCAGCCUGCAAAGUAACGAAAUAUUAUUUACUAUUAUUAUUUUCUUAAUAGCUUUCCCAUUAUCUUUUGGCCCACACAAGUUUUUCAUAAAGUAUUAUGGCCCGCCUUACAUUAUGAGUUGUGCAGGCCUGGUCUCGGCAACUGAUUUUUAGUUUUCAAGAUGAUAUUGUGUAAUGAACUACUUCAUAAUGUGCUUUGAAUCAUGUAGGUGUAGAAGUUUUAUUUGCCUGUGAAACUUUGACUGUUAUUAAUAUCAUUAAGUGAAAGUGAUUAAAAAUAAAAAAAGCGCCAUUAAAAUGGAUUAAUAUUGUUCAGAGGUAUUAAAUAAAAAAAAUUUUGAAAACGAAAUAGUUAAAAAAUAAUCAAAAUUAAUAAUUUUGGCAACAUAAGUUCUAGCUAAUGAAAAUCUUCCACUAUUACCAACUUACAGCAUUGUUCCUUCUUUGCAUUUUUGACUUAAAAUUUUCUGCUUUGCAUAAUUUUUUAUAACCCCCAUCCCUCCAAAAAACAAAAAAACGUUAUUAUCUUUGUGUUUUAUUUCAGAGUUUGGUGGGAAAAAGAUGGAACUUUCAUUGGUUACUUUGGUCAGCAAAAACCUUUAGGUUUUCCCACUGAUGAUGAUAAGGAAAACUUUCUCUUGCCCUUUGAUAUCACCGAGGUCUAUUUCAUGUAUUUUUUAUUUCUAUCUUGCAAUUUCUAAUCUCAAUUACUAUUAGGCUCAGUCUCAAAAAAUUCUAAAAUUACCAUUUAAAAGGUGUUGAAACAAAUUUUAAAAUUUGUUCCUUAAUCAAAUAUGUAUACUUUUUAAAAAUUGAGGAAAUGUAAAUUAUUCACUAUCAUUUAAAAGUUAAUGUGUUGAUGAAAAUUAUUCUUUUAACAUUGUAGGGCCCAAUUGAAGCAGUAGAAAAGAAAACUCCACCUCAAAAAACUAAAAUAAUCCAGAAAUUUGAAUUUCCUCUCAUAUUUUCCCCAGAAAGGUAAAUCAUAACAAAUAUUUCAACCCAAAAUUAAGUAAUUAUCAACAUUAAAAGUUGUGUAAUAAGUUUUUCCAAUAAAUGUGUUUAUUAAAGCAAGAGCUAUUGCCCUUAUAUAACCUUUGAUUGUGCUGAUGUAAACUCUAUUGCCAUUUGAGUGGGUUGAGCAAUUGCAAAAAGAAAUACUCUGGUUUAUAUUUUAAGAUAAUUCAAUUUAUUUUGUAUGAACUUUGACAAUAAAGAUGGGUGCCACUGGGGAAGUCAGGAGACAAAGAUGGGGGUCUCAGUGCCAUGACUCAAGAUGGAGAGAAAAAGUUUUUUGGUGCUCUCAUCAAACCAAAGGUAGAAAUUAACACUUAGUUCUAACCUGGAGAAAUUUUACAAACUGUAUGAAAACUAAUGUUGCUUGCUAGCAAGCAGUUUGAUUCAAAAUGACAAGUUAGUUUUAUAACGCUAACAGACUCAGCACUCAGAGACAUAAUAUUAUCUAUGAUUUCAGGCUUAUAACAGUCAUUUGGAUGCAUCCAUAACAGCAGAUAAGGAAUCAGGGGCUGUGUUUAGGGCACUUCCAGUCUAUCGCGUGAGCAUCAAUACUUCUUACAUAUAUAUAUAUGUAUAGAGAGAGAGAGAGAGAGAGAGAGAGAGUUAUAUAAUUAAUUAUCUGACAAGAGGGACUAAGGGGAUGGUGGAGGCAUGUGCUCCAAAAUUUUUGAUUACCUGGAAAAGCACUGCAUGCUAUUAGAUAUAUUAUAUACUGAAAGUGAAAGAAAGCUAAACACGGUCUCAGAAUGUUAUUUUAAAAAAUGUUAUUUUAAUUUUCUAGAAAAUUGACAAUUUUAAGACAGUUUUUGCUUAAUGUUUUAAAAUAUUAUAUAAAUAGUUAAGUGUGAGGAAAAUCUAGAAUUAUAUUUUGUUUUUUCUUAAGGUCGUGACCCCAGAGACAUUGAAGAGAAGAAAUAUCAUCAUGAGAAUAGCAGAGGUACAAAGAAGCAUGGCAUCCCUAGGACCUCGUCAAUUGUUCACUAAGGUAAAUCAUAUAUUUUGGUGCACAUGAUCAGAAAGAGAUAACAAAUGCAAAAAAAAAUGUGUUUUUUAAGGGUUAAAGAAGCUUUUCAAGCACCAGUAUUUAAGAAAUUACACUGACAUUAAAUUUAAUCAUUCUCAUUAAAAGUUUUUUUUAUUUCAUUAUGUUAUUACUGUUUUAUUUAAUAGUUACAUGCCAAGAUAUUUAUUCUUGUCUUAGCCAAUAAUAGUAUGCACAUAUUAAAAAACACUGUAACUCGAAUGAAUCUAUGAAACGUAUAAUUAAUUAGUAAACAAUAUAUAAUAAAUCCAAGGCUAUUCCGAAUUUGUAACUUUGAAACAGAGGAACAGUUUUAUUUCAUGUACCAUUUCACUUUAGUAACUGGUCUAUUUAUUGGAUCAGGAGAGAUUUUUUUUUCAUUUUUUAGUAAAAAAAUUACAUCUUAUUUGAAUUUUCAUGUAAUAUUUCUUGCAAUAGGUUAAAAUGGUAGUUCACUUAAUCAUUCAAACACAGUGAACACUUAUGACAAUGAGGAUCACGAAAACCUUUUACUUUAAUUUUAAUGGUUUGUCUUUUUUGCAGACAAACAAAGUUAAACACAAAGAGGCAGGAAAUCUUCCAAAUUUAGCUUCAAUGAUGGACUUUUAAGUUGAUUCAUUCUUGGCUUGGCUGUCACUUCUAUCAAUGUUAUCCUUGGUAAAAAUAAUGGAUUAACCAUAAUGAAUAAUAUCAACAACAAAAAACAACAACCCCACCUACAAAAACUGUCAAAUGUACUUUAUGCAAACUUUUGUAGGUCAUGUAUAGUUAAGAUAUAUUUUCUGUUAGGUUUGGGUAUGUUUCAAAUACUUUGAUCUCUAGUUCAUGAAAUGCUACAUAGCUGAACUACUUUCAUACAUAGUUUGUGACGUGUUACGUAGCUAUACUUUGGUUUAAAGCUUAGUUUUCAAGUGUCUUCACAUCUUUCAAAAUUUGGUGAGUUUGCAAUUGACAUUUUCUGAAAAGCUAUUAUAUUUUGAUUUGGAAGCCAAAAAAAAAAAAAAAUUAAUAUUGUGGCUUUUCAAUCAAUAUCUUCUUUUUGAUGAUGUUUAGCAGUUUGUAGACUACCAACUCAGCUAUCAAAACUCAGCUCCAUAAAAGAGUUUCAACAUAUUUGAAACAAAUAUUUUAAGUAUUAUUUUCUGAACAUCUUAUGUGUGCAUAAUGUUUUUUUUUUCAACAUUGCUCGUCAGUAUGGUUGCAUGUCAUGUUUAAAAUAUUUUGAUUUAUCAUUGUGUUAAUUGAUACUACGAAUUAAAAAAUUGUAUUGAUAAAAUUAUUGUUUGUAUUUCUUUUAUUUAAAGGUAUGAAAAUGUUUACCCAAUGUAAAGAAAUAAAAUAAAUUAACCUAUAUCAGUAUUAGUGACCUGGCAGAAUUAGGUGAGAGAAGGUUCAUUUUAUGCCAGUUUGACCUUGUGCCUCAAGAUAUACUUUUUCAAUAUUUUGUACAGAACAAAUAAUAAAAACAAUAAUAAACAAGUAUAUAUAUAUAUACAUUCUGGCCGCUAACAUUUGGUGGAAAAUAAAUGUUAAAAAAUAAUACUGUUAUCCUUUUCAUUCAUAUUUAACAAGGUAAUAGUUUGAAUGGAUGUUGAAUCUGUUACUGUUAUCCUUUUCAUUCAUAUUUAACAAGAUAAUAGUUUGAAUGGAUGUUGUAUCUGUUCAAUUAGACUGAAAUGGUCAUGUCCAAAAUUUCUUUAGGAUGCAUUAUGGCAGCAGUUAAGUUAAUAUCUCCCAGUAAAUUCAUUUUUUCCCCCUUUCGACAUUUAAGAACAAUAACAUUCUAUUGUGUUGUAACUAAAGUUGUAAGGAAAAUGUCUCAGCACAUCAUGUUUAAAAAGGGGGAUGUUUGUGUAUUUUCAGGUAUCUGAUACGUUUCUUGAUCAUGCUAACUUAUUUAUUAUAGUUGUAUACAUUUUAAAUAAAGAUUUAAGAAUUAAAUAAUUGUGCAAGUUCUCAAAACAAUACGCCCUAUAAAAUUUAGCUUUGGAUUACUGAUUGAGAUCGCUAUUUGAGUGUGAAAAGCUAUUGCAUAGAUUUCCAAUAUUGAUUGUUUCAAACUGGGGAAAUGGUACAAGCUCAGAUUUUUAGUGGGUGUGGAGUACAAGUUGCAAAAUGGAAAAAAAAGUAUCCAAAAAAAAUCUUUGUCUUCUUGUAACCAAGCCAGAAGCUUUGCUUGAACUUUGAAAUACAUAUAAUUCAAUUUGGACUAAUGUUUAGUUUAAAUUUAUAUGAUUCUUCUAGUAUAAACAAAAUUACAUUGAAAAUUUAUCCAUUUAAAUAUAAUAUCAAUUCACUUGUCAAUG